AUGAAACUUUUUAUAAAAAAUCUUCCUGGAUACUUUUUCAAAGAAGAUGCACUGAAAAUCCAUGGUGCAAUUCGAGAUUAUGUAUCUGAUUAUAUCAAACGUUACUAUGUUAAUAACGAUGCACUUAAAAGUGACAAGGAAAUGUUGGCAUUCAGAGAACAGCUGAUUACCCCAAGAUCACUCGAUGGAAAUGGAGGCUGUGGAAUGCAGGGUGUUCCUGAUUUCGACUCCAUUGAAAAUCUUUCUGCAACCUUGACCAGUUUCAUCUUUAUAUGCAGUGUUGAACAUUCUGCUACAAAUUUUCCACAGUAUGAUCAGUAUGGUUUUGCGCCAAAUUAUGCUGCGAAAUUAAAUGGAUUUCCAGAGGAACAAUCUGGAUCUAACGAGCUAAAUGCCGCUUUGCCUACAAGAAGGGAAUUUUUUUCAACUGUUAAAAUCAUGAAAGUUCUUACAACUGUCUUAACAAACAACCUAGGGCACUAUGAAAAAGAAUACAUGCAGGCAAUGGACGCGGAAGGAAGGGCGGCUGUUGAGAAGUUCCAGAAGGCUCUUCAGAAAAUAUCUAAGGACAUCGAUAAGAGAAAUGAACUGAUCAGACAGGAAAAUGCCAAACCCGAUUGUCAAGUCCAAGAUUACACUUACACAUGGCUCCAUCCGGACAAAGUCCUCAAUUCUAUCAGCAUCUGA